CGAUGAUGGGUCCCAAAUUUGAGGCCUUGAUUUUGGUCUUUAGCCGCCCGCGAGUUAGAUAUCUCAAUCGUUAGCAAACGCAAAGAAUGCUAAUUACUUUAUUGUAAGUAUCCGGUUGGUAAGUUGCCACCAGAGGUGAUUCAACUUUGUCUUAUCAUUUCUUAAAAGACUACACCUUGAAAAGGCCUUUGUUUCUCACCAAGAUAUUAUUCGCCUUGUCGAAUCGAGAAUCUAUUGUCAUGUGAAGUCACAAUAUAUCGCCUAUUCACUUACGACUUGAUGAUUGACUUGAUUUUGAGCCUCUUCAAUUAAUCAAAUUUGUAGCACUGGUUGCUACUGGGGAGUCUACGGCGUUCCUUAUAGCGCAUAUUGUUGCCGCAGCUCUAAUUUUAUACCACCAGCUUUUUUUUUAUUCGUUCGUCUGAAUUAUCUCUACGAUGGCUAUGUCUAUUUUAAACAUGCCAUUUCCUUUCCUAUCCCGCUUAAUUAAACCACUUUCCCUUCUCUUAUCCCUCCUCAUCUUCACACAGCUCGCAGCGAGCCAGACGGUUGUCCAAACAGUUGUAAUAACCGUCGCCCCACCAAUCCCCAGCGAAGCGCCCUCCUUCGUAGACCACGACACUUUCACCAGCGCAAUCCUAAACAGCACCAACACCUACCGAUCCUCCUACAACGCAUCCUCACUACGAUGGAACUCAACCCUCGAAGCCUUCGCCUCAACCUACGUAUCCACACACUCCACCAAGCGAUCCCUAUCCCUUUCCGAAUCCUUCCUCUCCAUCUUCAAAAAACGCGACGGCGAAAAAUGCCACAUGGCCCACUCAGGCGGUCCCUACGGCGAGAACCUAGCCCUCGGGUGUUCCGACGCGGGGUCCUGCGUCGAUAUGUGGGCAAGCGAGGUCUCGGGGUAUAAUUACGAUGACCCUGGUUUCGGCGAGAGUACCGGGCAUUUCACACAAUUGGUCUGGCGGGAUACGACGGAUGUUGGGUGUGGUGCGAAACUGUGCCCCGGGAAUGGGGGUUGGUAUUUGGCUUGUGAGUAUUGGCCGCGUGGGAAUAUUAUUGGGGCUUUUGCGGAUGAGGUUGGGGAGCCGGUUAGUGGUGCUAUGGCUUUGGGGAGGAAUGGGGGGUGGAGGGGGGUUGAGGGGGUGGUGUUUGGCGCUGUGGUCGUUGCUUGGUGGGGGUUGGUAUGAGGUUAGCAUUGAGUUAUGAGGGAUUGGCGUUUUUACAUAUCGAACAGGACUGAGACGGUUAGGCGAGAUGGUGUGUCAUGGGAUUGUAUAUCUUUGUAUGCCUCGAAACGAUUUCUAUGAGAUAACUAAAAUGCGGGAACAUUGGAAGGUAUUCACGAAAAAUAGGAAAUAGGGGCGUCGGAAGUAUUAUACUAUUAACGUUUAUUCGAAAAUCUUUAUUAUUUGUAUUAUGCAAAA